AUGUCAGGCGAUGGAGUCAUUUAUAAUGUUUCCGUUGCAUUUGAAGGCACGGACGCAUCUGCGGGCGUGUCCCGACCGGAAUCCAAUCGUGACUUGCCCCAAAAACAAACAUCGACCAACACUCCUGCUCAACGCCGGCCACACCCUGUCGCCCACCGGUCGAAUGCGUACUGGAGAGGGCGGAGCAGUGGUGAGACCGGUGACAUGAGCGGGAACCCCGGAACGUCGACAAGCCAGUCCCUGAAAAGGGAUAGGCUUGACGACACCAUCUCGCCCCGGGGAGAAUACAAAAGACCACGGACAGACAGACAAACGCGCACAAGGGACUCUUACGCGAGAGUGACCCAACCACACCUAAGUGUGGCCGUCACCCUAGUGCCCAGAAGCGACAUGACCCAACCAGAGGCAAAUAGCGUCCAGGGUCAAAUCCAAAAAGAGAUCCUCGCUAUCUGCCUCAGAAAACCAGCGCCAGGAACGACACCAUAUGCCCCAUCCUUUGUAGGGAAAGCUUUUCUCAACGAAGGAGUGCUGAAACUGUGGUGUUACGACGACAAAGCCCUCUCUUGGCUCCAAGAAAUCGUACCUCGAUUGAAGUCGCCAAGGGAGGGCACGGGGCUCACGCUCAUAAGGCAGGCCGACAUACCAGUGCGGAUUAGGUCAGCACUAUACGUGCCUGACUUCACGGAGGAGAUAGCAAUACUCCAACAAAUGCUGUCCCUCCAAAACCCCUGGUACAAGGUCUCGUCGUGGACCCUGUACACAUAUAAAAGAACAAACAGCAACCCUCCGGGAGUGUUUCUAGUCCUAGGAAUACCCACGGAGCAGGUCGAAGACAUCCUGGCCAAGGGAAGGAGAGUCUCUUACUCCACCGGAUCUAUCUAUAUCCGGUUCUUCGACGGCGAAGGACUCAGCGACGUACCGCCUAAGAAGACCCCGGAGCCAGAAACGAAAAAUGACACAGCGACAACAAACCUCAAAGCCACUGCGCCCGGACCCUCCGUUGAAAACGCCUCCGAGGAUAUCGACGCGAUAGAAAUGGAGACCGGGACUAACCACCCAUCAAACAUGACACCAUGGGAGGGGGUGGCCGAGACUGAGACUGACGAUGACGAGAAUGCAAACGAGGCGAGGAUACAAGAGUUGCUAAAAGGAUGGGCCCCUGAGGCCGACCUUUAA